AUGUCUCGCCAAACAACAUACUCCACUGGAGGAGCAAAGAAUUUCAGUGCUGCUUCUGCUGUUCAAGCCGGGGGAAAUCGUGUAAGCUUUAGCUCUGCUUCAGUCACUCGUUCUGGCUGUGGAGGUGUAAAUGCUGCCCGGGGUAACUCUAGUGCCUUUGGUAGCAGAAGUCUGUACAGUUUAGGAGGAAACAAAAAAAUUUCUAUUGCAACAAAUUCACAAUCUCAGAGUGGAUUUGGGUCUGGAUUUGGUGGUGCUGGUUUUGGUUUCAGCUCUGGCUUUGGAAAUGGCCAAGGACUUGGUGGUGCAUCUGACUUUCCUGUAUGCCCACCUGGUGGAAUCCAGCAAGUAACUAUCAACCAAAGUCUUUUAACUCCACUCAACUUGCAAAUUGAUCCAACAAUUCAGAAAGUGCGAACAGAGGAGAGAGAGCAAAUCAAGACUCUUAACAACAAGUUUGCAUCCUUCAUUGACAAGGUCAGAUUCCUAGAACAACAAAACAAAGUUCUGGAGACCAAAUGGAAACUUUUGCAAGAACAAGGAGUCAAAACUGUUAAAAGUAACAUUGAACCCCUCUUUGAGGCCUACAUCAACCAACUUCGUCGUCAGCUAGACAGUCUAACCAACGAUAAGGCUCGCUUGGAUGGGGAACUUAAACAUAUGCAGGAGGCUGUAGAGGACUUCAAGGCCAAGUAUGAAGAUGAGAUCAACAAGCGCACAGCUGCUGAAAAUGAGUUUGUGGUACUCAAAAAGGAUGUGGAUGCUGCCUACAUGAACAAAGUGGAACUGGAAUCUAAAGUGUCUAGUCUAACAGAUGAGAUCAACUUCCUGAGGGCCUUGUAUGAAGCUGAACUUGCUCAAAUGCAAACACAGAUCUCAGACACUUCAGUUGUCUUGUCCAUGGAUAAUAACCGAGAUCUAGAUCUAAACAGCAUUAUAGCUGAAGUAAAGGCUCAGUAUGAGGAGAUCGCCAACCGAAGUCGCCAAGAGGCAGAGUCUUGGUACCAAACUAAAUAUGAGGAGCUCCAGGUUUCUGCUGGAAGACAUGGUGAUGAUCUGAAGAACUCAAAGGCUGAAAUUUCGGAGCUGAACCGCAUGGUUAACAGACUGCGCUCAGAGAUUGACAACGUGAAAAAACAAAUUGUCAAACUGCAGACUGCUAUUGCUGAUGCAGAGCAGAAAGGAGAGCUUGCACUGAAGGAUGCCAAACAAAAGCUUGCUGAGCUGGAGGAUGCUUUGCAGAAGGCCAAGCAGGACAUGGCUCGCCAACUGCGCGAAUACCAGGAUCUGAUGAAUGUCAAACUGGCUCUGGAUGUUGAAAUCGCCACCUACAGGAAACUACUGGAAGGAGAAGAGAGCAGGUUGGCUGGAGAUGGUGUUGGACCAGUAAACAUAUCUGUUGUGAGCUCCACCUAUGGUUCCAGCAGUGGAGUAGGACAUGGCUAUGGAGCUGGCAGUGGUUUUGGUUUUGGCGGAUACGGUGGAGGGCAAGGAAUUGGCGGUGGAAGUGGAGGUGCCAUUAGCAGUGGAAGUGGAUACAGUGUCAGUGGAGGGCAAGGGAUUGGCGGUGGAAGCUUCAGUGUAAACAACAUGAAACAAGCUGGAUUUGUAUCUGGAGGUGAUUCCAAUGUUAGAAUUGUAUCAAAAACCUCCACAAGCUCCUCCUCCAGGAAGUUUUAAGAUUCUUUUGUAUUCAGCUUCUUUUCUCAUCAAUACAUAAGAUAUAUUGUCAC